UAAUAUUUGUUGAAUUUAAAUCGAUCGUUGAUAAUUGUAUGUAAUUAGAGAUUUUACUUAAUGAUAUGCAUCGUCCUAAUGGAUGUGCACGUUGUUGUGGUGAACUUUAACAUCCUCUGGGAAUCGAGUAGGAGUGAUAAAGAAUGAAGUGGGAAUGAGAGAAGAUAUAAAUAGUGGUCGGUUAAGCGAAGACGCGAUAACUUUUGUGAGCAAUGUUCGACAGAAACGUGCAUCAAGGACCGAACUUCCACGCUCCCGUCUCGACGGACAGUCUGGGCAUUCAGCUGUACGACAAUUUCGUGAACAAUGCAAAGAAGACGGCGAUGGUCGACGCGAUUAGCGGGAAAACUGUUAGUUACCAAGACUUUCUGGAAGUGACGUGCAGAUUGGCUCAGGCCUUUAACAGGAUCGGAUUGACGCAGGACGACAUCGUCUCCAUCUGCAGCGAAAACAGCUGCAACUUCUUCUAUCCAGUUAUCGCUGCAUUCUACAAUGGAAUUACCGUCGCUCCUAUCAACUUCAAUUACAUCUCAACUGAGCUUCUGCACGUUUUGGGAAUUUCCAAACCUAAGGUGUUGUUCUGCUCGAAGAAUUCUGUGAGGAAAUGCGUUGAGGCGAAAGCCCAUUGUCAAUGGAUGAAGAGGAUCAUCGUGUUGGACGAUUCGGAUGAAGUGUACGAAGGAGCCGAAACUCUGAAACGCUUCUUGGAUGAAAACUCUGACAAGUAUUUGGACGAGUACAGCUUCAGACCUAAAGUCGUUGAUACGCUAACGCAUCCGGCUUGCAUUUUGUGCUCUUCCGGUACAACAGGACUCCCCAAAGGAGUGGUUUUGAGCCACGACAACAUCUCCAUCAGGAUGUGCCACGCCACUGAUCCUAGAUAUGAAAAUGUCAAACCUGGAAUUACUCAGCUCGGUUUCCUUCCGUUCUUCCACGGCUACGGUUUCAUCACGAUCCUCUCCUGUCUCGCGAUGGGACAAAAGGUCGUAAUGUUGAACAAGUUCGAGGAGAAGCUCUUCCUGAAGACCAUCCAAGAUCACAGGAUCGAUUCUCUGAUGUUGGUUCCGCCGCUCCUCCUGUUCUUAUCCAAGACGCCUCUGCUCAACAAUUACGAUUUGUCGUGCGUGCAAGAAAUCACCACCGGAGCGGCACCUCUCGGUAAGGAAAUCGAACAGGACGUGAAGAACCGUUUCAAGGUGUCCCGAGUGAGACAAGCGUACGGUCUCACUGAAGCCACACUCGCCGUUCUCAUGAUGCCCAGAAGGGACAACAAGAACGGUUGCUGCGGAAAACCCGUGCCGGGAAUGUCGCUGAAGAUCGUCGAUAAGGAAACCGGGAAAUCGCUGGGACCCAACAAGGUCGGAGAACUUCAGGUCAAAGGUGGCAUGGUCAUGUUGGGUUACUAUGGAAACCCGGCUGCGACGGCUCAGACCUUCAGCAAAGACGGCUGGUUGCUGACCGGAGAUCUUUGCUACUACGACGAGGACGGAUACUUCUACGUUGUCGACAGACUCAAGGAAUUGAUCAAAUACAAAGGUUUCCAGGUAGCUCCCGCAGAACUCGAAGAUCUUCUGUUCACUCACCCGAAGAUCUUGGACGCUGCAGUCGUCGGUUUACCGGAUGAAAAAGCCGGAGAACUUCCGGUCGCUUUCGUUGUCAAACAGCACGGUGUGCAUGUUACUGAUGAAGAGAUCAAAACCUUCAUAGCGAAGCAAGUUUCACACCCGAAACGUCUUCACGGCGGUGUCCGCUUCAUCGAGAAAAUACCGAAGAACGCGAGCGGGAAAAUUCUGCGCAGAGAACUUCGCGAAUUGCUGAAACAGAAGACAAAAUCUAAAUUGUCGCGAAACGCAGAGAUCUUUACCAUGGAUGAUAGGAUUAUUCACGGACCGGAAAUUACCGGCGAAUUGGCGAAGAUUUCCGUCGGUCAACAGAUAUGGAAAUCUCUAAAGGCUCAUCCCAACCAGAAAAUCAUCAACGUGACGGAUAAAAGCUGCAUCAGUUUUGCGGAUCUGCACAAUUCCUCUUGCAAAAUUGCUAAUUUCCUCGUUGCUUUGGGUUUGGGAAGAGGCGAUGUGAUCACCAUCUGCAGCGAAAACAGUUUGCACUUUCACAAACCGCUCCUGGCAAGUUUUUACACUGGGAUAGUCGCAUCCCUGAUAAACCACACUUACGUUAAAGAUGAAUUGCAGCACGCUUUGAAUAUUGCCAAACCGAAAAUCUUAUUCUGCUCUCGUCUGACGUUUCCGAAAUUCCAAAAAUUACAGAAUCUGAAAUUGUUCGUUUUGGAAGAUCUGUACGAUGUUGUGCAAGAAUACUCUGGAAAUUUCAAUCCUGUUGAUUUUGAUUCUGCUGACACGACUGCGGCUAUAGUGUAUUCAUCAGGUACCACUGGUGUAUCGAAAGGAGUCAUGGUUACUCACGCAAACAUCAAUUUCGUGCUCAAUAGCAUGGUGAAUCCUUCGUACAUGCCUUUAGAUGAGCAAAACUUUGUGGUCGUCCCAUUCUAUCACGUCUACGGUUUGAUCUUCAGUAUUUCCGCUUUGGUUGAAGGAAACAUCGUUCUUUUCAUGGAGAAGUUCCAGGAGAAACUGUACUUGGAAACGUUGGCCAAUUACAAAAUCAAAUCCAUAUCGGCCGUUCCGUCUCUGAUGGUUUUGUUGGCAAAAAGUCCGGCUGUGGAUCAGUACAAGUUCAGUAUAGAAGAGGUCUUGAGUUCUUCCGCUCCGUUGAGCAAAACCCUAGAGGAUGAAGUUAAACGGAGGUUGAAGGCGAAAGUCGUGAGGCAAGCAUACGGCUUGACGGAGGCUACGUUAGGUGUACUGAGCACGCCGAAGGAGAGGACAAAGUCAGGUUCUUGCGGCGUCGUGAUGCCGGGAAUCAGCGUUAAAAUCCGCGAUCCGAGAACGGGUAAAACGCUGGGAACGAACGAGAUCGGUGAGAUUUGCGUCAAGGGGAUGAACGUUACCAAAGGUUACUAUGGCAACGAACGUGCAACGAGAGAUGCCUUCACCAAAGACGGUUGGUUGUUGACCGGAGACAUGGCGUACUACGACGAGGAUAAAUACUUUUACUUGGUGGAUAGAUUGAAAGAUUUGAUCAAGUACAAGGGCUUUCAAGUGGCUCCCUCCGAAUUGGAGGGUCUGUUGCUCAGACAUCCGAAGAUUGUGGACGCCGGAGUCGUGGGAUUGAACAAUUUCUUGGCAGGAGAAGUACCGGUCGCUUUCGUCGUGAAGAAACCGGGCAGCGAGUUAACAUCGCAAGAAGUCGUCGAAUACGUCAAGAAUAACAUUUCCGUUGCUAAGCAACUGCACGGAGGAGUGAAGUUCCUGGAGGCAUUGCCGAAGAACGCGAGCGGAAAACUCCUGCGCAAGGAUCUCCGACAAAUGCUGAAAAUGAAUCCGAAAUUAUAAAAAUAAUAAAAUCAGUUCAAUCAAUUUGCGUGAUCGUCCAAAUAUAUUAUAAGAUAACAGUUCUGUAAUUGAUGAAUAAAAAAAAAAUAGUUUUUAAUCUA